UCCCGGGAUUCCUGUUCCAUGGAGUCCAAAAAUCCAAAGAUUCCUGAUCCCAUGGAGUCCAUAAAUCCAAAGAUUCCUGUUCCCAUGGAGUCCAAAAAGCCAAAGAUUCCUGAUCCCAUGGAGUCCAUAGAUCCAAAGAUUUCUGUUCCCAUGGAGUCCAAAAAUCCAAAGAUUCCUGUUCCCAUGGAGUCCAAAAAGCCAAAGAUUCCUGAUCCCAUGGAGUCCAUAGAUCCAAAGAUUUCUGUUCCCAUGGAGUCCAAAAAUCCAAAGAUUCCUGUUCCCAUGGAGUCCAAAAAGCCAAAGAUUCCUGAUCCCAUGGAGUCCAUAGAUCCAAAGAUUUCUGUUCCCAUGGAGUCCAAAAAUCCAAAGAUUCCUGUUCCCAUGGAGUCCAAAAAGCCAAAGAUUCCUGAUCCCAUGGAGUCCAUAGAUCCAAAGAUUUCUGUUCCCAUGGAGUCCAAAAAUCCAAAGAUUCCUGUUCCCAUGGAGUCCAAAAAGCCAAAGAUUCCUGAUCCCAUGGAGUCCAUAGAUCCAAAGAUUUCUGUUCCCAUGGAGUCCAAAAAUCCAAAGAUUCCUGUUCCCAUGGAGUCCAAAAAGCCAAAGAUUCCUGAUCCCAUGGAGUCCAUAGAUCCAAAGAUUUCUGUUCCCAUGGAGUCCAAAAAUCCAAAGAUUCCUGUUCCCAUGGAGUCCAAAAAGCCAAAGAUUCCUGAUCCCAUGGAGUCCAUAGAUCCAAAGAUUUCUGUUCCCAUGGAGUCCAAAAAUCCAAAGAUUCCUGUUCCCAUGGAGUCCAAAAAGCCAAAGAUUCCUGAUCCCAUGGAGUCCAUAGAUCCAAAGAUUUCUGUUCCCAUGGAGUCCAAAAAUCCAAAGAUUCCUGUUCCCAUGGAGUCCAUAAAUCCAAAGAUUUCUGAUCCCAUGGAGUCCAAAAAUCCAGAGAUUCUUGUUCCCAUGGAGUCCAUAAAUCUAGUGCCAGAUUCCUGGCACUAGACCUGCCCAAGGACUAGAAUUUCCAAACUACGAGAAAACUGAAAUAUCUCUAUUGACCUCAUUCCAAUUAGAAUUAACCAAAGCUCAGAAUUUUCCAAGAAACCAGAUCUAAAAAACAUAU